AUGGACACAUCAAUUCAACAACAUCCAGAUGGGAUUCGCCAUUCAAUUCACUCUCACCUUGAUUUAUUCUUCUCACUUCGUCCUACUACUACUACUACUACUACUACUACUACUACUACUACUACUACUACUACUACUACUACUACUACUACUACUACUACUACUACUACUACUACUACUACUACUACUACUACUACUACUACUACUACUACUACUACUACUACUACUACUACUACUACUACUACUACUACUACUACUACUACUACUACUACUACUACUACUACUACUACUACUACUACUACUACUACUACUACUACUACUACUACUACUACUACUACUACUACUACUACUACUACUACUACUACUACUACUACUACUACUACUACUACUACUACUACUACUACUACUACUACUACUACUACUACUACUACUACUACUACUACUACUACUACUACUACUACUACUACUACUACUACUACUACUACUACUACUACUACUACUACUACUACUACUACUACUACUACUACUACUACUACUACUACUACUACUACUACUACUACUACUACUACUACUACUACUACUACUACUACUACUACUACUACUACUACUACUACUACUACUACUACUACUACUACUACUACUACUACUACUACUACUACUACUACUACUACUACUACUACUACUACUACUACUACUACUACUACUACUACUACUACUACUACUACUACUACUACUACUACUACUACUACUACUACUACUACUACUACUACUACUACUACUACUACUACUACUACUACUACUACUACUACUACUACUACUACUACUACUACUACUACUACUACUACUACUACUACUACUACUACUACUACUACUACUACUACUACUACUACUACUACUACUACUACUACUACUACUACUACUACUACUACUACUACUACUACUACUACUACUACUACUACUACUACUACUACUACUACUACUACUACUACUACUACUACUACUACUACUACUACUACUACUACUACUACUACUACUACUACUACUACUACUACUACUACUACUACUACUACUACUACUACUACUACUACUACUACUACUACUACUACUACUACUACUACUACUACUACUACUACUACUACUACUACUACUACUACUACUACUACUACUACUACUACUACUACUACUACUACUACUACUACUACUACUACUACUACUACUACUACUACUACUACUACUACUACUACUACUACUACUACUACUACUACUACUACUACUACUACUACUACUACUACUACUACUACUACUACUACUACUACUACUACUACUACUACUACUACUACUACUACUACUACUACUACUACUACUACUACUACUACUACUACUACUACUACUACUACUACUACUACUACUACUACUACUACUACUACUACUACUACUACUACUACUACUACUACUACUACUACUACUACUACUACUACUACUACUACUACUACUACUACUACUACUACUACUACUACUACUACUACUACUACUACUACUACUACUACUACUACUACUACUACUACUACUACUACUACUACUACUACUACUACUACUACUACUACUACUACUACUACUACUACUACUACUACUACUACUACUACUACUACUACUACUACUACUACUACUACUACUACUACUACUACUACUACUACUACUACUACUACUACUACUACUACUACUACUACUACUACUACUACUACUACUACUACUACUACUACUACUACUACUACUACUACUACUACUACUACUACUACUACUACUACUACUACUACUACUACUACUACUACUACUACUACUACUACUACUACUACUACUACUACUACUACUACUACUACUACUACUACUACUACUACUACUACUACUACUACUACUACUACUACUACUACUACUACUACUACUACUACUACUACUACUACUACUACUACUACUACUACUACUACUACUACUACUACUACUACUACUACUACUACUACUACUACUACUACUACUACUACUACUACUACUACUACUACUACUACUACUACUACUACUACUACUACUACUACUACUACUACUACUACUACUACUACUACUACUACUACUACUACUACUACUACUACUACUACUACUACUACUACUACUACUACUACUACUACUACUACUACUACUACUACUACUACUACUACUACUACUACUACUACUACUACUACUACUACUACUACUACUACUACUACUACUACUACUACUACUACUACUACUACUACUACUACUACUACUACUACUACUACUACUACUACUACUACUACUACUACUACUACUACUACUACUACUACUACUACUACUACUACUACUACUACUACUACUACUACUACUACUACUACUACUACUACUACUACUACUACUACUACUACUACUACUACUACUACUACUACUACUACUACUACUACUACUACUACUACUACUACUACUACUACUACUACUACUACUACUACUACUACUACUACUACUACUACUACUACUACUACUACUACUACUACUACUACUACUACUACUACUACUACUACUACUACUACUACUACUACUACUACUACUACUACUACUACUACUACUACUACUACUACUACUACUACUACUACUACUACUACUACUACUACUACUACUACUACUACUACUACUACUACUACUACUACUACUACUACUACUACUACUACUACUACUACUACUACUACUACUACUACUACUACUACUACUACUACUACUACUACUACUACUACUACUACUACUACUACUACUACUACUACUACUACUACUACUACUACUACUACUACUACUACUACUACUACUACUACUACUACUACUACUACUACUACUACUACUACUACUACUACUACUACUACUACUACUACUACUACUACUACUACUACUACUACUACUACUACUACUACUACUACUACUACUACUACUACUACUACUACUACUACUACUACUACUACUACUACUACUACUACUACUACUACUACUACUACUACUACUACUACUACUACUACUACUACUACUACUACUACUACUACUACUACUACUACUACUACUACUACUACUACUACUACUACUACUACUACUACUACUACUACUACUACUACUACUACUACUACUACUACUACUACUACUACUACUACUACUACUACUACUACUACUACUACUACUACUACUACUACUACUACUACUACUACUACUACUACUACUACUACUACUACUACUACUACUACUACUACUACUACUACUACUACUACUACUACUACUACUACUACUACUACUACUACUACUACUACUACUACUACUACUACUACUACUACUACUACUACUACUACUACUACUACUACUACUACUACUACUACUACUACUACUACUACUACUACUACUACUACUACUACUACUACUACUACUACUACUACUACUACUACUACUACUACUACUAUACUACUACUACUACUACUACUACUACUACUACUACUACUACUACUACUACUACUACUACUACUACUACUACUACUACUACUACUACUACUACUACUACUACUACUACUACUACUACUACUACUACUACUACUACUACUACUACUACUACUACUACUACUACUACUACUACUACUACUACUACUACUACUACUACUACUACUACUACUACUACUACUACUACUACUACUACUACUACUACUACUACUACUACUACUACUACUACUACUACUACUACUACUACUACUACUACUACUACUACUACUACUACUACUACUACUACUACUACUACUACUACUACUACUACUACUACUACUACUACUACUACUACUACUACUACUACUACUACUACUACUACUACUACUACUACUACUACUACUACUACUACUACUACUACUACUACUACUACUACUACUACUACUACUACUACUACUACUACUACUACUACUACUACUACUACUACUACUACUACUACUACUACUACUACUACUACUACUACUACUACUACUACUACUACUACUACUACUACUACUACUACUACUACUACUACUACUACUACUACUACACUACUACUACUACUACUACUACUACUACUACUACUACUACUACUACUACUACUACUACUACACUACUACUACUACUACUACUACUACUACUACUACUACUACUACUACUACUACUACUACUACUACUACUACUACUACUACUACUACUACUAACUAA